ACCUUCUAGGAACUUGAUAAGUGUGUGUUGGCUGUAACGUCCUAAGUCUUUAUUAUUUCCUGUGGAAAUCAAAACUUUCAAAAGCUGUGGUUGCAAAUCGCAAUAAGUUCAAGUGAACAUUUCAACAUGAACUAUUUCAUUAUUUUCAGUUUGUUCUUCUUGUAUUUCAAUCUUCAAACAAAGGCCUGCAAUGUUGGAUGGUUCGGUGACAGCUGUCAGUAUAAAUGUCAUUGUCGUGACAACGCCCAAUGUGACGCCACCGGGGCCUGCAAUGGCAGCGAGGAGUGCGAAAGAGGAUGGUUUGGUUACAAGUGUCAAUAUCGAGAUUUAGCCAUAGAUGGCGUUGUCAGCAAUAUCAGUACUCCACAAACAGUCAACAUACUCACUGACGGCAAUGACACGUCGUGUCUGACUGACAGAAAUGUAGUGGCCGUCCAGUGGACUACCAGCGUCUACUUCACAUGGCUCAGGAUUGUCGUCAGACAUCCCUCCGUCCUAACAAAAGUCAAUGUCAGCUUUAUCUACAACUUAAACCAAUCAAUACCAUCUUUUUGUAAUCAGCCCAGAUUUUUUGUGGUCAACAAUCUGACCGCCGAUUUCAGAUGCGACCUCUCUCAGACCACGUGGAAAGUGAUUUUGGAAGGUCAAGGAGUCUGGUCUUUGUGCUCUGUCUACAUCAAUGGCGGACGCAAUGUUGCUUUGAAACAGAAUGCAAGUCAGACAAGCAACUAUUCUACUUUGAUGUCUCCCGAGAACGCAGUGGACGGGAAUUCAGUAGACAUAUUCCUCGAUAAGCCGCCAUUCAGCUGCACACACACAUAUGUAGGUGACAAGUCCCCGAGAUGGACUCUGACAUUUGGAGAAGUGUACACAGUCUACAGACUUAUCUUGGUCAACAGAGGUGAUAAUCAGGGAAGACUCGCUGGAUUCUUGUUACAGACUUUUGAUGUCAUGAACAGAAUUGUGAUGAAUUACACAGAUCCUCGGAAAUCUAUUUCAGAUAAAUAUUACGUCAAUACAAAUAGUCCAACGCUUCCACUCAAACGUAUCACCAUACAAGCAACAUCGAGUGAGCUUAUACUGACACUAUGUGAAGUGGAAGCUUACGGCGACUGCCCAUCUGGGAAAUGGAGUCUCGCUUGCAAUCUUUCUUGUGACCAGCUGUGUCCAUCAAAAUGUCUCGUUCAUAGUGGUCAGUGUGAGACUAAUUGUGUGGGCUAUACCAAUCCACCAAAUUGCACUUUUGAGUGCCCCAAGGGGCGAUGGGGAGUGAACUGCUCCAGUACCUGCAGCAACUGUUUUCAUGGUGAUUGUAACACUGUGACAGGAGAGUGCAUUCUGGGAUGUCUAGGUUACGACAACCCCCCUUACUGUACGAAUGGCUGUUCCACUGGACUUUAUGGUAAAAAUUGCACCCAGGAAUGUUUCAAUACGUGUAGGAAUGAAAGUUGUGAUUCCAGCACAGGCCAUUGUCAGGAAUGUGUAGUAGGCUUUCAUGGAGAUUUUUGUUUAGAUGAAUGUGAAUCAGGAAAUUGGGGGCCUGGCUGUGCAAACAACUGCAACAUUCAUUGCUUUAACAAUUCUUGUGACAAUGUCAAUGGAACUUGUAGCAUUGGCUGCAUCGGAGCUAAUGAUCCACCAGUGUGUGACACAAUAUGCCAAUCUGGUUACUAUGGUAAAAACUGUAGUGAAGUAUGUUCAUCACAUUGUGUCAAUGGGACCUGUCAAGCCACCACAGGACAUUGCAUUGUCCAUGAAAAUAAACUUGAUAGUAGUUCACAAGAGACAGCCUUGAUUGUGGGAAUAGUCCUGGCCCUUGUUGCUGUUGUUGUGGUGCUUGUGUUUGUUACCAUAAGAUGGAGAGGUAAAGUAGAGACUACUCUUAGACAGAUCCUUCAGAAGUUGCAGUGUGGCAGAGAUACUGUAGAACUUUCAAAUUUAGAUGAGUUUGAUUGCAAUGAAAAUAGAAACACUCAACUAGAAACGAAAUUUGAAAAUGCUUAUCACAACUAUGAGAAUGAACCUGAACAAAGCACUGCAAUUUUGGUAAAGGAUUUCAGCUCUUACGUUUUGAGCCAUGACAGUGAUUUCUUUGUACAGGAAUUCAAGAGAAUAACUAAUCCUAGAGAGUCCCCUACUGAAGCAGCAUCAAGUCUUGAAAAUAGAAAGAAAAAUCUGUAUACAAAUAUAAGCCCCUAUGACUACAAUAGAGUCAUGUUGACUGUCAACUCUUCUAAGAAUGAAGCGGACUACAUCAAUGCUUCAUACAUUAGUGGUUUUGAUGGUGAAGAUAAAUUUAUAGCAUCCCAAGGUCCUAGUAAAAUGAUGAUCAAUGACUUUAUCAGGAUGUUAUGGGAGGAGAAGAUUGAAAAGGUUGUCAUGCUGACUUCUCUGGUAGAGAAUGGCAAGGUGAAAUGUGAGAGAUAUUUGCCAGAUGAAGGCAAAAUCAGAUUUGGCAACAUUAAAGUGGCUCUGAUAGCUACUCAUAAAUUUUGUGACUACACCAUUAGUCUUUUGGAGCUUUCUAAGAAGGGUGACGAGAGUCAUUCUUUUACUCAUUUCCACUUCACUGCAUGGCCAGACAAUAGUGUACCACUGUCACCAUGGAGUAUAGUCGAAUUCAAACACAAAGUCAACUUGACUCCAACAACUAAGCCUGUGUUGGUUCAUUGUAGUGCUGGAGUUGGAAGAACUGGAACAUAUAUUGCAUUCCACAAUGCAAUGAAACAAGCCCAGAAGACAGACCACAUCGAUAUAUUCCAGAUUGUUGUCAAGUUAAGGAAGGAAAGAAUGUUUAUGGUCCAAAAUUCUACACAAUAUGAAUUUCUCUUCAAAACUAUUCAGAUGGCCUUAUUAUCUUCAAAAACAACAUUAACUGGACAUGCGUUCGUUGAGAAGUACAAGGGUUUGGGAGAUAAAUCAUCAUCAGCAGUACACUUGGAGCUUGAAAAAACAUUCAAAGGUCUAGAAACAGUGAGUGCAACAAGAAAGGGAGAUAAGACAGAGAACAAUGAGUAUGCCGAAUAUCAAUAUGAGGACAUCGUCUGUAAAACAAUUGAGGGGAAAAACAGAUUUCCUUCAAUAUUGCCCAACCCAGUUCAUCAAGUUGUUCUGACUAAAGAACACAAAGACUUGGAUGAUUAUAUUAACGCUGUGCUCAUUCCUGGAUAUAAAGGCAAAGCUCAUCACAUACUGACUCAGCUUCCAAUGCCAUCAACAGUAGUCGAUUUCUGGAGGCUGGUCAUUCAACACAGAGCAUCUCUCAUUGUAGCAUUUGAAUUUACAAGCAUGCUGUCAGAUAAGACAUUUGGCAGCUAUCUCCAUACUGACCACCUGUUUAAAAAUCUGCCUUAUGAAGUACAGUCUUCAUAUAGAACUCAGACUGACCUCUGGGAAGAAACUGGCAUCAUGGUGCACAUUAAGAAAACUGCUUUUAAAUCAGAACAUCACAGGAUUGUUCACCUAAAGAGCCACUUCACUGACCUAGACAGCAACAAGAUGUUCAACUUCAUGAAACAUGUCAGAUCUCAUAACACAUUCAACAAAACUGUAGUCUUCACCUGCAGAAAUGGUGCACAGUAUAGUGGCCUGGCUUGUGUCCUAUAUCUCCUGGUGGACAGAUUUGACAGUGACAUGUUUGUAUCAGUGCCAACAGUGGUAGGCAGUGUGAAGUCAAUAAGACCAGAAGUUUUAUCUGAUCUGUCCCAGUAUGUGUUUGUUCACAAGGUUCUCCAGCGUUACAUAGAGCUCUCCUCGCAGUACAACAAUGUGGGUGAUGAUGCUUUGAAACAAAAUCAAGCCAGACUUGAGGCCAGUGAGCACAAAGAGGAUCAAGUCUACGCUAACAUUGUAAUGUAGUGAAACAAAUGAAAUUGUUAUUAUUUUUACUGUGCAGAGAUUAGCAUUGAGUUGAUUCUUAACAAAGAGUUGAUAGUCCUGAAUCUACUGAACAGGGAACAAGGAUAAAAUAUGCAAAGAACAAGUUCACUUUAUUAAUUGUUUCACCAUUUUUUGUAAAAACUUUUUGCUUUUUAGUUUUUGCUGUGACAUUAACAGUCUCUUGUAAAUAUCAUGUGACUUUAUAGAUUUAUUCUUGAUUUGAUGUCUUUCAAUGCUUUUAGUUUUAGCACUUUUAUAAAUCUAAAGCAGGUUGGGAUAGUUUGAUACAUUAUUUAAAGCAAUAGAAAUAGUAAGGAGAUUUACAUCAAAAAAAAUAAAAUCAAUAUGUUUCUGAAAUCAAUUUAAUGUAAAAUAGUUUUUUGUAUGAUUUCACUGCUUUUGUCAACUCCAACACUCAAAAGGAAUGCUGCCUGGUCAUGUGAUAUGUGCUCUGGAUUGUCUGUCAAAGGUGCCUAGUUCAAACCAUACCUACUAACAUCCUUUGUUUUCCUGCAGUGGUUUGAGCUAGGAUGUAUGAUCUUGAAACCUGAAACUUGCAAAACAAAAUUAUAUGUUGUGCCCACAGAAUAAACAAAGAAACGCAACAGUAAACAAGAAUUUGUACAUUUACAAAAUAUUGCUUUAACUUAAGGUUUCUGCAUUUAGAUUUAACAUUCAUCACACACACACAAACGAGUAAAAUAUUUAAAAAAUUCUUUUUUUUAAUAACAAAGCUUAUCUAAAGGGAAUAACUGCAAAAUCCCUUCCAUGUAUUUCAAUAUUACAGGAGUAAGCUUCCUUUUUCUAUGCAAAUAAUUAAUUUACCACCACAUAGCUACAAUUGGAUUAGUAAUGCUUCCUAACGAGUUUCCAAUCUGACCUCUUUUUCUUUUUUUAAAGUUAUAUUUCUCUAGAAUGAGUUAAAACACCACUUGGUUAUCUCCCCCGCUUUACGUUGCCAUACCCUGUCAGAUUUAACACUGAAAUACCAAAUCUUAAUUCGCCAUGUUUUAAUCUUUACGUGUGGUACAAUAAGUUACCUCAUCUUGUUUGUACAUAUCACACUUAUUAAUCUAACACAUGGGUGUCCUUCUCUCUACAUUCUUCUUCAGAGACAUCUUCCCUGCUAAGCAUCCACCACACUCAACAUCUUUCUCAUUAAUGUCCUCCCCAAUCUACAUUCGCCUUAAUCUACAUCUUCCUCAAUCAAUAGAUUUUUUGACUAACAUCUUCCCUAAUCAGAAACUUCCCCAAGCAACAUAUUCCUCAAUCAUCGACCCCAAAUUAACAUCUUUCUUAAUCAAAAAUUUCCCUAAUUUCAACAUCAUUCUCAAUCAUCUACCCCAAAUCAACAUCUUUCCCAAUCAAAAAUUUCCCUAAUCAACAUCAUUCUCAAUCAUCGACCCCAAAUCAACAUCUUUCCCAAUAAAAAAUUUCCCAAAUCAACAUCAUUCUCAAUCAUCGACCCCAAAUGAACAUCUUUCCCAAUCAAAAAUUUCCCUAAUCAACAUCAUUCUCAAUCAUCGACCCCCAAUCAUCUUUCCCAAUAAAAAAUUUCCCUAAUCAACAUCAUUCUCAAUCAUCGACCCCAAAUGAACAUCUUCCCCAAAUCACAGCUUUAAUACUUUGACUCCAGCAGACAUUCAUUUUGUUUUGACGUAUUCAUGUCCCUUACUUAAUUAGCGUGUGAGUCAAAACAUUUUUUUUUUCAAAAUCAUUUUUUUUUCAAUGCUCUUACACAAGAUAAAUCUCUAGGUCUUAUUAUUGAAGUGCAACCACUUAAUUGGAUCUGUGAACACUAGAGUUAUUAUCAAUUUCUUCGGCUCAUCGUAUUUUAAUCAUUACUGUUAUGCACUCUGUCAUGAGAUAAUUAUUUUGUGUCGUGGCAAUUGUUCAUUGGCUGUAGAUCGUUGACUCUGAAUGAUGUAAACAACUUAAUUCGUCUGUCUCGUCUCGCUGCUGCACUUGUACCUCGUGUAGUCAAACAACAAGAAAAGCAGCAAGAGAAUGGCUUCCAGGAUAAUAUCUUUUUCUGUUGCUAUUUUAAUGUUCAUUAUUUGUUUAACAAAAAACGUCGGAGGUCAAAGUGCUGUCUGUGAUCCCUAUUCUCAGUUUAAAUGUUGUGAAGCAGGUAUGCCAUACAAUAAGCGACUAGUGAAAGUCCAGUUGAGUCAGUUCGGUAACAUGGACGUAGUCUGCGACACCAAAACACAGAAUAGCAGUGGAUGGAUUCUCAUUCAGAGAAUCCAGCUUGCAGGAUCCUUAACCUUCAGGACUACAAUGAACCUUUUCGCAUCAGGUUUCGGUAGACCGUGUGGUGAUUAUUGGCUAGGUCUGGAUAAUAUGAAUAGAAUAACAAGUUCGGGCAAUUACAUGCUACUAAUAGAGAUGAGAGUCGGUGGUGUUGACUACUGGGCCAAAUAUACCACUUUUAAGGUAGGCAGCUGGGAAGAGGAAUACAGGUUGACCGUUUCGGGGUUUUCCGGCAAUGUCCCGGACAAGUUUUCAGCUAACAACGGCGCCAACUUUUCGACACCUGCCAUGGAUAACGACUCCUCAGGUACGAUCAACUGCGCGAGAAAAUAUAACUCGGGCUUUUGGUUUACCUCCUGCGGGGAUGUGAACCUAAACGGUCUGAUUGGAGUCACAAUAACUCAAGUCAACAGAGAUAUAGUUGGUUUCUGGGCUGGCGUGACCACAGGUACGCAGACAUUUAGUCUUAUUGAGAUGAAGAUUAAAAGGUGGUGAUAGAAAAUAAUGAGCCAUUGUAAUUUUAAUGUUGACCACUCACAGUGCUUUCUAAAUUAAACACUGAACUGAUUCUA